GUUCUUUGUCACUGCUGUCUGCAAUGAAAGGAGGAAACUGGCACGGACUGCAGUCUGCAAGGCACAUACCUCCCAACUGUCCCAGUUUGCCAGGCUUCAGUGUGAUCCUUUGCUUUCCAUCUCCUCCGGCUGUUACCCCUGAGAAAGUACUAUAUGCUGGUAUCCAAUUCUACUCUGGCGCAUGGUUGGAAGACAAAUGAAAGGGCUAAAGAUAAACCAGAAGAGAAAGGUGCCAAAGGUAAGCAUGCACCUGCCAACAAAGGGAUCCAGGCAGAAGGCAAGAAUUCAUUGGAAGAAAACAAAAGGGAGAAAAAAUUGGAUGAAUGUACUGGAGAAAGUGAAAAGGUGAAUUCAGCCGGUCCAGUCUUUUCCAAAGUUGACUCCAGCGUACAUGUCAAGGAGAGGAUGGUCCAACCUGAAAGAACAGAAAUGUCUGGACAAACCAAGAGCAUCAAAGUGUGCCCAAAGCAAAAGGAAACUGGUGUCAAGGCUGCAGGCCAGAAGAGUGGACUGGUUUCCAACUUAAGUAGCGGCACUCCCUCAGGAAGCCAGAAUAUGGACAAAACCUCCCCAGGCCUGGAAAACCUUCCUCAAAAGCAUCAUAGUCCAAAGUCAAAGGAGACUGAAAAAAACACCUCCCGACUCAGUGCUCCUACCAGGGAAACUGAGCCAUCCACCUCAAAGUCUGGCGGUGAAGUUGUGCGGACAAGGCUUUCAAUCAAUGUGCAAAUGACUGAUGGUCAAGAGAAGACGUUAAAGAGCAAAGAAGGAACGACUAACAGCCCCGGAGGUAAAAGUGUAGCUCCUAUCUCUUCUGUUUCAAUAGAUGAAGGAACAAAACAUUUGUCGGAGCCUUGUACAGCUAAGCAGAUCUCUAAGAGCAGCAGGACUGAACCCAUUCAAGAACAAAAAGGAGGGAGGCUUUCUAAUAAACCAAGUGAAAAGCAGGCACCCAAACUUCAGGGCCUUCUGGCAGCAACAUCUACAGAGGCUGAAGAAAAAGCAGACAGCAAAUGCAAGACUAUUCCAUGCCUGAUUUCCGUUGCAAAGGACACUGAGAAAGAUCCUGGAAGCCCAGCGAAAAGUCCCAAGGAAAAACCAAAAAUAAUGAAAGACUGUGAGAAAGAAGUCAAACCAGAAAGCAUGGAAUUGUGUAGCUUCACCUUAAGGAGACGGGAAAGUAGAUCGAAUCAGGGGGCAGAGAAACCAUCAGAAAAUACUCCAUUGCUAGCAGCUAGCAAAGCAGAAGAGGUGAUCAUUGAUGACAGCCCUCCCCCUCCGGCUCCUUUCGAACACCGCAUUGUGAGCAUCAAGCAAACCGACUUAACAGCCUCUUACUCAGUAUGCCAUCAUGAAGUCUUGGGAGGGGGGCGUUUUGGUCAAGUUCACAAGUGCACCGAAAAGUCAACUGGGCUCUGUCUUGCGGCCAAAAUCAUCAAAGUGAAAGUAGCAAAAGAGAGGGAGGAAGUGAAAAAUGAGAUCAAUAUCAUGAAUCAACUAAACCAUGUCAAUUUGAUCCAGCUCUAUGAUGCUUUUGAGUCAAAGAACAACCUCACCUUAAUUAUGGAAUAUGUGGAUGGUGGUGAACUAUUUGACCGGAUCAUAGAUGAAAACUACAGCCUUACUGAACUGGAUGCUAUCCUCUUUACGAAGCAGAUAUGUGAAGGAAUCCACUACCUGCAUCAACAAUAUAUUCUUCAUCUAGACCUGAAGCCUGAGAACAUACUGUGUGUAAAUCAUACUGGAAACCAGAUUAAAAUAAUUGAUUUUGGAUUAGCACGGAGGUACAAACCCCGUGAUAAGCUGAAAGUGAAUUUUGGCACACCAGAAUUCUUGGCUCCUGAAGUGGUGAACUAUGACUUUGUGUCAUUCCCAACGGACAUGUGGAGCGUAGGCGUCAUAGCAUAUAUGCUGCUCAGUGGCUUAUCACCUUUCCUUGGAGAAACAGAUACAGAGACCAUGAAUUACAUUGUCAAUUGCAGCUGGGACUUUGACGCGGAAGCCUUUGAACAAGUGUCAGAAGAGGCCAAAGAGUUUGUGUCCAGGCUCCUCAUAAAGGAAAAAAGUGGCAGGACAAGUGCAGCCAACUGCCUUAAACACGAAUGGCUGACAGAUUUGCCAGCCAAAGCCAAGAAAUCCAAGGUCCGUUUAAAGUCUCAGCUACUACUACAGCGUUACAUGGCUCAGCGUAAAUGGAAGAAGCAUUUCUAUGUGGUUGCUGCCGCCAACAGGCUGAGAAGGUUCCCAAGCAUGUCUCAGAGUCCUGCGUAACCUGUAGUUGAAGAUCGGCAAAACAUGAAAAGAGUUGAAGAUUGUAGGAAGUGGUCUAACUCCCCAUCUGGCAAUGAGAUUUCUUCCAUCAUUUUCCAUUACAUAACCACAAAGUGUGUUUCAGUUUCAGCCUUUAAGGCUAGUAGGGUCCAGUGGGGUGGUCUGUAGAAAAAGAAAAUUGGUUGCAUUUUUAGAAAGGGGUGGUGGUGGAAGUGGAAAGACUUAAAUUAUGCCUCUUGUUUCUUUAUUUCUUCAAUUAUAUGUUAGCAAUUAGCAGCAAUUUCUUCCAAUAUUGAUCAUCUUGGCAUCCAGGGAGACUUCAAGCUCUUUCUCUUCAAGGACCCAUUUGGUUUUUUUUUUAGCUGUCAACAGUAUCCUUAGCACUCUUCUCCAGCACAUCUCACAUGUUUUCUUCUAAGGGCUAAAACUGACGGCCCUGAAUGUCCAGUUCAACGCCUGCUUGGAGGUGUGGUGUUUAGAUGUAUAACACCCCCAUUACCUGGAAGCUGCGCUGGCGAUUACAUGCCGGCCGGCUUCCAGGUGAUUUGGGGGCAUGGCAUUCAGACACUACUUGCCCCAGAGCUGGCGAACACUUUUAGUACCUCUAGAGCACUUUUUCUACUUCCAUUUGGGGGGUGGGUGUGGGUGGCUGGCUGGCGACUGUGGCAUGCAGUUGCCACAGCCCCAUUCCAGCUCUUUCAGGGGUGGCAUGAUGCCCCCCUUUUGGGGCAGUGUUUCUCCCCUUUAUUGCUUUUUUCACUCUCUAGCUAUCACAUCUGUACAUGGUGAUGGGGGAUAUGAUGGUUUCAACGAGUCCUAUUUUAGGGUUCAGUUGCCUAAAUUUACUCUUUAGGAUCUUGUCUAGUUCUUUUCAUAGCUGCCCUUCCCAUUCCUAGUCUUAGGGAACAUGUAUGGGCAAUGAAGAUUGCCCCAAUUCUCUUACCGAGCAGCAGCCUCUAUUACAGAUAGGCUACUGUUCCUAUUGACUGGGAAGAAGCUGAGACUUCCACCUUUUUUCCCAAGGUGAGGAGAUUGCAACAGGAAUCCUGCUUCUGCUUGUCAUAAUGGAUAUAGCUCACUGAGUCAGCUGCUUCUUGACAGAUCCUCAUUGCUCUAGCACAAUGGUUCCCAAACUUUGGUGCUCCAUGUUUUGGACUUCAAACCCAGACAACUUGGUUAACUGUCAGGAAUUCAGGAAGCUGAAGUCCAAGACAUCUGGAGGACCAAAAUUUGUGAAUCACUGGUUUAGCAGCUGCCCAUUGAGGACUUGGGGUGGGCAGGCUGGGAAAUACUACUAAUGGUUAUAUAGCUAAGGGGAUGUGAUGACUUAGUGGUUAAGAUGCCAGUUCUGAUGAUCGGAAGUCCCAGCUUUUGCCACCGUAGCAAUUUGAAAGCAUGGAAAUGCAA